UGGACAAGGGCUUGGACUGCCGAAGAAAACAGGCCUGGUGACCUGUUAAAUAAAUAUAUUUACCUAUCUGGACUAGUAGACAUGAAACAAAUUGAGAAGACGAUUCAGUAUCUGAUAGGGUCAGGAAUGGAUCCUCGUACAGAAAACAGUCGUUAUCUUGGAUUUAUCUACACAUCAUUUCAAGAAAGGGCUACAUUCAUCUCCCAUGGGAACACAGCCAGGCUUGCUAAGGAGCAUGGGGACGUAAAGCUUGCUCAAAUAUGUGGUACAAUCGCCUCGGAUGAGAAGCGUCAUGAAACUGCAUACACCAAAGUAGUUGAAAAGCUAUUUGAGAUUGAUCCUGAUGGAACCGUGCUUACUUUUUCUGACAUGAUGAGGAAGAAAAUCUCUAUGCCAGCACACCUUAUGUAUGAUGGGCGGGACGAUAACCUUUUUGAACACUUUUCGGCUGUUGCUCAGCGGCUUGGUAUCUACACCGCUAGAGACUAUGCAGACAUUCUAGAAUUUUUGGUUGGUCGAUGGAAAGUAGCAGAUCUAACUGGAUUAUCUGCAGAAGGGCGAAAAGCACAGGAUUACGUCUGUGGAUUGCCUCCAAGAAUAAGACGACUAGAGGAGAGAGCUCAAGGAAGGGCUGAGCAAGCACCCAUCAUUCCAUUUAGCUGGAUAUUUGACAGGGAAGUGAAGCUCUAAGUGCAUAUGAGAACAAGUUCUCUUUCUCUGUAACAGGCCUUUUCCCAUCUGGACAUAAUUGAAGUUAAAAUAAUUGAGUUGUGUUGUUUGCAGUUGCAGUUUGUUCCUUAAUGGGAAGGGAUUUUCUUGGGAGUGACGAAAGGGUUGUAAGUACGGUUGUUUCUGCUGUAGUUCUUGAUACUUACUUCUUGAACGCGUGGUCUUUAUUAAAUUUUACUCGUAUAGUAUUUGUGUCUGUAAGCGUACAACAUAAUGGAAUUUUAGUGAACAUUUAGUGUUUAGCUGCACAAUAACACUUCUCUUCCCAAUGAUGAUGAAGCAACCAUAUCUUG